CCCCCCCUUGUCCCUCCGCACAGCCCCAGCGAUGCUGCGCUCCCUGCGCCCCGUCCAGCACCUGUGCCCGCAUCUGUCCCCUCCCCUGUCCCCAUCUUUGUCCCCACGCUUGUCCCUAGCCCUGCGCCGCCCGCUCUCCUCGCCCCGCCACGCCCCGCGCUUGCCCCUGCGGCAGCGGCUGCUGGUGGCCAGCGCGGUGGCGGGGGCGGUAGCCACGGGCUGGCUUUACCUGCGGCACCAAAAGCAGCGCCAGCAGCGCUCCCGUCGCCUCCGCGACCUCCGCACGCUGGCGCUGGGACAAGGCGACUUCCACCUCCGCGACACCGCGGGGACAGUCCGGAGCAAAGCGGAUUUCCUGGGCCGCUGGGUGCUGCUUUAUUUCGGCUUCACGCACUGCCCGGACGUGUGUCCCGAGGAGCUGGAGAAGCUGAGCCGCGCCGUGGAGCUGCUGGAGCGCGAUSCCGCCGCGCCGCCGGUGCAGCCGCUUUUUGUCACCGUGGACCCCGAGCGCGACGAUUCGGCGGCGAUGGAGCGGUACCUGCGCGAUUUUCACCCGCGCAUCCUGGGGCUCACCGGGACCCCCGAGCAGGUCCGGGCGGCUGCUGCUGCUUUUCGGGUUUAUGUGAGCGCCGGGCCCCGCGAUGCUGACGGGGAUUAUGUGGUGGAUCACUCGGUGCUGACGUUCCUGGUGGAUCCCGACGGGAUUUUUCGGGAUUGUUACGGACGUUCCCGCACGGCGGAGGAGGUGGCGAGGAGCGUGCGGGGACAUAUGGACAGCUACGAGCCGCUGCCGCCCGCCGAGGGGGAAUAAAUGGGGGAAAAACA